CUAGUUUUCCACGAUCGUGGUAUAACCGCGGUGGUUACCGAGGGUGGCACGUGGCCAGCGGUCAGUAUUCGCCCCGCGGCCGGCCAGUGCACGCCAUGGGACACUACUGACCACUACAAACAUGACGGACGACAUACCAGAAACGGGUGCAGUGUUCACAUUCGGCAAGUCUCACUUCGCGGAGAAUGAGCCGAGCCACUUCUUCAUCAAGAACGACCCUAUAGUCGCCAUCUCCUGUGGAGACGAGCAUAGCGCUGUAAUAUGCCAAAAUGGCCGCGUAUUCGUGUUUGGCGGGAACGCGUGGGGACAACUAGGCCUGGGACAUAAGGACGAAGUGACAAGACCGAGUUGUGUAAAAUGGCUGAAGCCUCACAGAGCUCUCUUCGUGGCCUGUGGAAGAGCACAUACUGUUUUCGUCACCGACUCGAACGCGAUCUACACAGUGGGCUGUAAUGAUGAAGGUCAGCUGGGUACAGGGGACUUGGAGCACCACACAGUGCCUCAGUUCGUGGAGCUGGAAGGAGAGACCGGCCCUAUCAAACAGGUGUCGGCUGGGAGCAACCACACUGCUAUUCUUACUGAUGACGGGCGUGUGUUCGUGUGUGGCUCCAAUACUGAAGGACAGCUCGGCCUGGGUGAGGACACGCGCUCCUGCGUCAAGUUCACUGAACUCAAGUUCAUGGAGAAGAUCGCCUUCGUCGAGUGCGGAUAUUAUCACACUGUGUUUAUUACUGCCAAAGGCGCAGUGUUCGUAACAGGAGAUAAUGAGAACCAAAAACUUGGAAUACCAGACAAGCCCUCCACGGUAUAUGUACCCGAAGUAUUACCUCUUACCCUACCAAUCAAGAGUGCAUGUUGCGGUGCAGCCCAUACAUUCUUACUCUCCAUGGACGAAAGCAAGAUCCUGGCCUUCGGGUCCAACGAAAAAGGUCAACUUGGCCUUCCCAAAGAGGUGGAACACGUCACAGAACCCACUGAAAUAGAUAUGGAGAAGAUGUUUGAUGGAUACCAACUGAAGCUAGUCGCGUGUGGAGCGAUGCACACUGCAUUUGUCACAGACAACGGAUUGCUUUACGCCUGCGGUGAGUCCCGGCACAAUAAACUGUGUUUGGAAGAAAUUGACGAUGCCGGCAACGCAAACGAGGCAGGCGCCAAUCAAUACACACCUAAGCGGGUCACUGCUAUGAAUGGGCACAUAGUAGACAAUGUGGCCUGCGGGGGCUGCCAUACGUUACUGACUGCCACCAAAGGCUCUAACGCGGACUUCACUAACAACGACUUCAAUCUAGUCAACGAACAAACCAGACAGAUCUCUUUAACCGAACUUCCACCGCUACAGAAGGUACCAGCCAUGAAUAAAUCCGAAGAACACUCGCAUGUAAUCGAGGACAUCACGAACUCCAACAUUGACGUGCAUAACACCGAUAACGUGAAUGGAAAUGUGAACGAAGAGACCGGAUCGAUAGAUUCAUUAGAGGCCAACGUCAGCGGCUCCCACAUAGUAAACAUAAACGACCUUGAGAACGAAAACGGAAGCACGCAUGACGCGCCCGACGUAAACACUCAACCGAUUGAUGGAGAAACCAAAGUCAUGGAGGUCAUGGAGAGUAUGGACACUAUGGCUGAUAAGGCGGAAAGUAAAGUUGAAGAAAUUGUUACAAGUGUUACAGACAAAGUUAAUGAGAAAGUGGAAAUAGUUGAAGAGUUUGUGAAAAAAGCGGCGGUAGUGCCUCCUGUGAUACACGAUGAAGCGAAGAAAAUACUGGACAUUCCUGACAAAAUGACAGAGGUAGCAAAUUCACCUCCACCAAAGACGCCGAUAUUACCGGAACUGUUACACAUUCCUGACUUGAGUCAAAUAAGUCCGGUGCUUAGUAAACACAGUGAUGAUGGGCAAAAAAGUGAGGCGGGGCAAUCAGAGAACGAAACCAUUCCAUGUGGGUCAGACAAAUCUAGUCCACAAACAGGCAAGACAAAGACACAAGCUGUGAUGCCUAUUGUUAGGAGUGAAGAUCACAUCGACGGCGUUGAAGAUGGGGAGCAUAAUGAAGAAGGUGACGUUGUAGUAAACAAAUCUCCGGAGAAAGGACGCUUCGCACGCAUGUUCCAGACGAUCAGAGAUAAAGAACACUCGUGUAUGGGCAAAGGGAAAGUUAUUGAAGAAAAAGUUGUUGAGAACGUCCACAAAGGCAUCGACACAGCUGAGGACAGCAUCCAUAAGGUUGAGGAAACCAUUGAGACAGAAAUCAGGAACCAAACCAACUCCAGAACGUGCACGAUACUAUAAUUGUUUCCAUCUUCUCCUACAUUUAGCUUAAAUAAAACCUUUGUAUUAUUGCUACUUGUUUACUUUUUAUUCUGUUAUUUAAAAAGUAUUUUAAAACGUUACGUGUAUCAAAGUACUGGAUUAGUUACUUCGAUUUUUAGAGUAGAAACUGCGACUAGGUAAACGUAAUGUAGGCGUCCUCCCUUCCAGCUUGGUGAAGUAACAGGACAUUCCCAAGCUAGCUGGCAGUGGUUACAUACAAAAAGGCCGUUGAAGAGGCUUGGUAUCGAACGAGGAACGGAAACGAACUGAUAAGAGUGUCUAAUAUAGUAACCACGGUAAAAAACUUACAAAACAUUUUGAUUAAAAAAUAUUUAUUUGUGUUAUCACUUAGAUUAUACAAAGUACAAAUAUUAAACUGUCAAACACCAAGUGGUCACCGGUGACCGCAACCUAUUGUUCUUUAAUUGUGUCUAUAAAUACGGUACUCGACGAGUUAAGUAUAUUAUCACAGAAAUACUCUACAUAAUAAUGUACUUCACCAAUAGGUACUCAACUAUUCGUACGAGUGAAUAGGAAAUUCAUUGUAUUAUGAGGUUGACAUGGAUAU